UCCCAACAUGCACAGUCCUGGACCCGACUCUUCCAGAAGGGGCAGCAAGAACAGGCCACAGAAAGAACAAUCCCAGCAAUGGCAGCAAGGUGUGCUCUUUCUGCCCCAUCCAGCGUGGUUCGCCAACCCCUCUACGGCAACAAGCUCGCCAAGAAUCUCACUCCAUGCCUGCCGUCGCCAAGAGCCGUGAGGGUGAGAGUGAAUGCUGCAAAGCUUCCUCCAGGGGUUGAGGUGCCCAGGGUGCAGCCGAAGCUGAGCGAGCCCUUCUUGGGGUUCACCCAGACUGCCGAGAUCUGGAACUCCAGGGCCUGCAUGAUGGGCCUCAUCGGCACCUUCAUCGUGGAGCUGGUGCUGAACAAGGGGAUUCUUCAGAUAAUUGGGGUGGAGGUGGGGAAGGGCCUCGACCUUCCUCUUUAAUUGCCAUUGGCAAAGCUGAUUGCAAGCCUUACUCUCUCUCUCUCUCUCUUUUGAAACCUAGGAGUACCUAUUAUAUUGCUCUAAACAUUAUUCUGUCGAAUAUAGAUACUCAUGCAAUUCUGUUGCGUAACCAUAUGACAGAGUUUUUUAAGUUCUCAAA